AUGGCGACCGGAACUGUCGAACAUUCGACAUCAGCUGAGGUGCAGGGCAGUCCUGUUCCUUCCAGGAACAAGGAUAUGCGCUCUCACGACAUCCACGAGAAGGAGAAGCGCCUCGUCCAGUCCAUCCGUCCGUCUCCGCAGCGAUCUGCGAACCCAUUCCUUAUCAACGAGCGCCAGGACGAAAAACAACUAAGUAUCUCCUCAAGGAGCUUGCUUUUGAAUGACUUUGUGCUCAUAAAGACUCUGGGAACUGGCACUUUCGCUCGAGUGUGGCUUGCACGGUUGAAGGCCCAGACGGACAAAAGCAAGGUGUAUGCGCUGAAGAUUUUGCGGAAGGCAGAUGUGAUCAAGCUGAAGCAGGUCGAGCAUGUACGCAAUGAGCGCAAAACCCUCGCUGCGGUUAUCGGACAUCCUUUCAUCACAACUCUCGUCGCGUCAUUCUCAGACGAACAAAACCUCUAUAUGUUGUUGGACUUUUGCCCUGGAGGUGAGAUCUUCACCUAUCUCCGACGAGCACGACGCUUCAAUGAAGAAACCUCGAGAUUCUAUGCGGCGGAGAUCACGAUGACAAUUGAGUACCUACACGAUGUUCAAGGAGUAGCCUAUCGCGACCUCAAGCCGGAAAAUAUUCUUUUGGACGCCGACGGCCAUAUCAAGCUUGUCGACUUUGGUUUUGCCAAGCAGGUUGGCAAUCGUGAGACCUACACGCUCUGCGGUACUCCUGAAUAUCUAGCUCCGGAGGUCAUCCAUAACAGCGGCCACAGUCUUGCUGUUGAUUGGUGGGCUCUCGGCAUUCUGAUCUAUGAAUUCCUAGUCGGACAGCCUCCCUUCUGGGACCAAAAUCCUAUGCGCAUCUAUGAGCAGAUUGUCGAAGGUCGACUGCGAUUUCCACCCAACAUGCCUGCAGCAGCACAGAACAUCGUCUCGCUGCUCUGCAAAACCAAUCCCUCGGAGCGUCUGGGCCAUAUCUCCGGCGGCUCAACUCGAGUCAAGUCCCACCCAUUCUUCCAAGAUGUGGCUUGGGAUGACUUGUUUUACCGUCGCGUCAAGGGACCGAUCAUUCCCCGAGUACUACAUCCGGCAGACACGGGUAACUUUGAGGAGUAUCCAGACUCCGACAACCGCAACCAGAAUAUUUACACCGAGGACCUGAAAAAGAAAUUCGAGCCUCUUUUCGCUGAUUUCUGA